UUUUUUUGCUGCCAAUCUAUUCAGUGAUAAAAUGUUCUCCUUUGAAAGGACCAAGUAUACGUGUCAACUAAUUGAACAACACCGAUUUGUACCUUUCUCAAUAUGGCUACAGUUCUUGCGAAAGGCACAAAUAUGCACUUGGAAGAAUACGUUCGCUGUGAAUGCCUUAAAGACACGCUUGACAGAAAUUAUAUCUAACUCUAUCACUAACAUUCUCUCAAAGGUAAACAUUUUUCUUGCCGAACCAUUUUAUGUCGACAUCGACAGCGAAUCAAUUUCCCCGUUAAUCACCGUUAUGCUUCAAGCAUUACAUUCAAUACCGGAUUCGGGAACAAUAUCAUCACAAACAGAAAGGGGUCCCACAUUUGAACAAGCAUUGUCCAAUGCCAAAGAGAAAUUUUAUUCUGCUCACAACGUUCUGAUAACGGAUUCUGGCAUCAUAGACUUCGCUAAAUUGGCGUCUAAAGGAAUUUACUGUAAGAAUACCUUUGAAGAAUUACAAAAAAACGGAAUUAAAAACUUGGCGUCAUCAAGUAUGAAUGAUAACAAAAUGUAAUUGGUAUUAAACAAGAAACAUUGUCACGGUUUUAAAUAAACUAUUUUCCUCUAGGUA